AUGUCAUCCAAAAGUCCGUUAAUAGUGCAGAGAUAUCCACGCAGACUCAAUACUACUCCUACUGCAAAGAAUACAUUUACUAAUAACUUAUUAGCUUUUCGCACAAAAACUCCUCUUUCUAACAUAAAAAAUACAGAAACCGCAUAUAUCAACCCUUUAACGAAUUAUAAAGCAGAAGCUCCGAUAGUGAAUAGACUAAAAAGAAAUGCAUCAAAUUUGCCCACAAAACUUACUGAAAAGAAAAUAAUUAUGAGGUCAAAAACUCCUAUGGUUUUAACCUCUCCUAGGCCCUUGACAGAAGAAAAAGAUAGCAUCUAUUCUGGCUCUACUAGCGAUUACACGAUUGGUUCUAUUAUUGGUUGCGGAUCUUAUGCCGUAGUGCGGGAUUCAUAUAGCAAUCUAACGAAAAACAGAUUCGCGGUAAAAACAUAUGAAAAGACCAAAAUAUCUGAUCCUCAAAAGCGCAAAAAUGUAAGAAACGAAAUAAAAAUUAUGCAAAACCUUAAGCAUCCAAAUAUUAUUGGAAUUAAAGAAGCAAUAGAUUCUCCAAAGCAUAUUCACAUUGUUAUGGAGCAUAUAGAUGGCUUAUCUUUGCAUAGCUAUAUCAAGCGAAAAACUAACCGUCAAAUCCCAGAAGAUGAAGCUAGGCAGCUAUUUACUCAAGUUGUCAGAGCUGUAAAUUAUUGCCAUAAUUUAAAAAUUAUUCACAGAGAUAUCAAGCUUGAAAAUAUUCUACUUGAUGGAGCCAAAAGCAUAAAAUUAAUUGAUUUUGGAUUUUCGACAAAUGUUUUUGAUGAAAAAAUCAAAAUGUUUUGCGGAACACCAAGUUAUAUGGCUCCUGAAAUCGUAAGCAAGCGCGAAUAUUUUGGUGGCCCCGCUGAUGUAUGGGCGUUAGGAGUGCUAUUAUUUGUGAUGCUGUCAGGUGUUUUCCCUUUUGCAGGGAAUUCUGAUAGAGAAGUAUACAGAAAAAUAUUGAUAGGCAGCUUUGAAAUUCCCACUGUUGUAGCUCCUCAAGCAAGAUUGUUAAUUAAAAGAAUGAUUCAGAUAGAUCCUUAUAAAAGGCCAACAUGCCAACAAAUUUUAGAAGAUCCUUGGAUGAAUCCAAAUAAGGAAAACUUAUAA